AUGCAGCCGUCCCAGGGCAUAGUCCCGCAACAGCAGCAGCAGCAACAGCACAACAACAGAGCCUUCUGGGAUACCCUCUGGAGUCCGGCCGCCGAUGCCCGCGUUCCCAGAGUGCAGCGCGGUGUUGACAGUAGCUGUCAUGGCGGCAUGGCGGCAGGCUCCGUCUUCUACAGAACCCUGGUCCGACCCCAGACCAGAACUGAGUCCAGGGCGGAGACCAGACCAGAGUCGAGUCCAAACCAGGCUCCUGUCGUGUGCCGGGAACAGCUGGUGGUUUGGGAUGUUGAACGUUACACCAGAGACCAGAGUUCAACUCUGUGCUUCCCCCAAAAUGUGUUCCACAGUCCAGAUCUUUACGACUUGACGCUUUUCGAUGGCGACUGUCUUCUCCGCGUCUCAUUGGAUCCAAGUCUCAAUCAUUUAGUAGAAAAACGCCAACUUUUCCGCGGAGCUGUUGUAAGAGGCGCUACAUUCAGGACCAGUCUGGCACUACAACUCCCAGAAUCCUCCACUGCUGAGGACCACGCCUUCCAUUCAGACAGUUUCAGCCUGGUCUCUCUCAAAGUCUGUGGUCGUCAGCAGGACCUGGAUCCCGGUCCAUGGUCCUGGUUUGGGUCUAGUCCUACCUCUGAUCCUCAUGUUGGGGAAGUUGGAGUUUUGCCACUCAGAGCCAAACGCAGCGUGUUUCUGCCGCUAUGGAACAACACAGAUCCCCAUGGCAACGGCUGGAGACAAGCCCCUCCCACUGACGAAGAGAGAGAGUCAGAAGAGGAAGAGGAGGAAGCUCUGGUCCCGUCUGUUUCUGUGGCGGAUCUGAAACGCAGUUUCUUGAGUUUCUCUCGUGGAACGUUUCACAAGCAGCUGAUCGCUCGAAUCCUUCACAAAUCUGCGCUGACUUACUACGGCCGGCCGGAGAAGAACUGCCCUUGUCCAUUUAAGGCUGUUCUGGAGGUGUGCGACCGAUCCGGAAGCGUUACUGUGGUGUUGUGGAACAGCGUUUGUCUGGACUGGUAUCUCUGUCUCACACCCGGUGACAUCAUCAGUCUGCGACGCUUCCGGGUCAAGCCACUGUUCCAGGGACUGCGCCAAGACGACAUCGAGAUCAGUGUGAACAGCAGGAACCCAGCGUCUCAGAUCAGAAAACUCCCAGAAUCCUCGGUGUCUCCGCAGCACCUGCCCCCAGAGCCCACAUACUCCUUCUGCUCCAGUGCGGAGCUGCGCGACAGGCCUCACGGUGAAGUGUGUGACAUCAUCGGUUUGGUGACCUUUUCAGGACGAAGUGAACGAAUCCGUUCCAAAGAUUCUCAAGGGGCGGAGCUGUUCUUGGAAUACCGCUGGCUACGAUUGGAGGAUGGGAGCUGCAAUCAACCAAUCACAGUGAAGCUAUUUGCCACAUCACAGCCAGAAGUCCACAGACACCUGCAUCCAAUGUCAGUGGUGGUCUGUACUCGCCUCAAACUCAUCCGGACUCUGGACCAGACCCACUUUUACAUGACCAACACCAGCUCCAGCCAAGUCUACUGCACAGGUCUGGGACAGCACUCCCAUAUGUCCUAUCGGAGACUGUGUGCUGUGAGACGCUUCUUGAAGUGGCUGCGGACACAGGAUGACAGCCAGGUCCUUAGUCGCGCUCUGAUUGGAGGCUUCUUUGUGUUCCCGCCCUCUCCAGUCACCAUGGAAACUUUCAUUAAGUCCCGCAGAGUUGCACCUUCCGUCCUGGAGGGGGCAGAGCUCCGCCGGGAGCUGGACCAACUCUGUUACCGCGAGCGACGCAGAUUCUGUUUCCAAGCGACUAUCUGUACAGUGACCCACUGUCGCCGGGGACAGAUGGAUCCGUGUUUGUCCUGGUCUCUAUCUCCGCCCACUCCUUUCGCCACGCCCAUGUCCACUCCCCGAUCUGACCAAUCCCCUCGCUCCAUCAGAAGUCCCUCCACCAUUUCUUCAUCACCUGUCAAUCAGCCCAGGGCCCGCCCCUUGGACCACACCACCAGCCGGUCAGUGAAGAGGAGGUUAUUCCACGCCCAAACUCCAAACAAGCGGUCUCCGUUUGCCGCACUUCGACCGGAGCCCAGUCAUGACUCAGUGGUUCUUUUCGACGCAUCUCUGGAGUUUCUGCAGGACUCUGAGGACCCAGUAGAAGACUCCGCCCCUUCCUCUUACAUUACCACGAUUCCGCCCCUAGCCCCCAUCGCUGUGGAGACGCUGCCAGUUCGCUUCGACCCCGCCCACAAACAAGAACUGGCUGUUGUCACGGCGAUGGAUGGAAAUAUGGCCAGCAGCGAACACAACUUCCAGUUCGACUUUGAGGAUUACUACUCCCUCGGGCUUCAGUGUACAAUGCUCUCCGGCUCCACUCUGGACGUCGUCUUCCUCCCGUCCCUCUCGCCGUCUCCAGCGCGUCACUCAAACUCGUGGGCGGCCAUUUUGUCUCACGGCGCCUUCUCCCCCCACUGCCCGCCCCCCGCACCUGUCGAUCUCAUCGCCACGGCGACACAGCUGUCUAAUCAGAGGCUGCUGUGCGUGCUGGAGGCAUGUCAUCUGGGCGGGGCCUCGCUGGAGCUGGUUCUGACCCGAGGUUUUGUCUUGAACUAA